GAGUGGUAGGAUAACUUCCGGUGCGGAACUGCGGCCUGGGAGGAGGACUGGUCCCCGGCGCGGGGUCUGAACCGGUAGAUCGGAAGUUGGUGGCGAGUGGCUGUCCGGACACGCGACCGACGCCAUGCCGUUCCUGCACGGCUUCCGCAGGAUCAUCUUCGAGUACCAGCCCCUGGUGGACGCCAUCCUGGGCGCCCUGGGCAUCCAGGAUCUGGAGCGGCAGGAGCCCCUGGACGAUUAUGCUUCCAGUGAGGAGAGCCGGAUCCUGGUCCUUACUGAGCUGCUGGAGCAGAAGGCUCACUCCCCAUUCUACCAGGAAGGUGUGAGCAAUGCGUUGCUGAAGAUGGCCGAGCUGGGCCUGACCCGGGCAGCCGCUGUCCUUCUGCAGAGUGGGGCCAACCUCAAUUUUGAAGACCCCGUUACCUACUACACGGCCCUGCACAUUGCUGUCCUGAGAAACCAGCCUGACAUGGUGGAGCUGCUGGUGCGCCAUGGGGCUGAUAUCAACAGGAGGGACCGGAUCCAUGAGAGCAGCCCCUUGGAUCUGGCCAGUGAGGAGCCCGAACGCCUGCCCUGCCUGCAGCGCCUCUUGGAUCUUGGAGCAGAUGUCAAUGCAGCUGACAAAAAUGGUAAGACAGCCCUGCUGCACGCUCUGGCUAGCAGCGAUGGAGUGCAGAUCCACAACACAGACAACAUCCGGCUGCUCCUGGAGGGAGGGGCAGAUGUCAAGGCCACCACCAAAGAUGGGGACACUGUAUUCACAUGCAUCAUCUUCCUGCUCGGUGAGACCGUCUGUGGGGACAAGGAGGAGGCCCCGAUGAUCAACCGCUUCUGCUUCCAAGUCACGCAGCUUCUGCUAGCCCAUGGUGCUGACCCCAGCGAGUGCCCAGCCCAUGAGUCCCUCACGCACAUCUGCCUCAAAAGCUUCAAGCUGCACUUCCCACUCCUCUGCUUCCUGCUGGAGUCAGGGGCAGCCUACAACUGCUCCCUGCAUGGCGCAUCCUGUUGGUCUGGCUUCAACCUCAUUUUUGAGAGGCUCUGCUCGCACCCGGGCUGUGCUGAGGAUGACAGUCACAUUGAGCUUCUGCAUAAGGCUGAGACCGUGCUGGACCUCAUGGUGACUAGCUCCCAGAGGCUGCAGUUGCCUGAGAACCUCAACAUCCACCCAGUGGGUAGCCUGGCAGGGAAGAUCCAGGCCCUUCAUGCCUCCCUGCGGCAGCUUGAGAGCUACCCGCCGCCUCUCAAACACCUGUGCCGUGUGUCCAUCCGGCUAUGCCUGCGACCGUGGCCUGUGGACACCAAGGUCAAAGCGCUGCCCUUGCCUGACAGGCUCAAGUGGUACCUGCUCAGUGCGCACAGUGGUACUGAAGAUGCUUGCUGAUGGAUCCCAGGAUGGAGUGAUCUGGGGUGCCUGAAGCCAGCCUGAGGGUAGGUCUUGGCUUUGGCCAGAAAGUCUUCUGUCACAUCGACCAUGUCAACCACCCUGAAGAGCGGCAGGAGCAGGCGCUUGGUGAUCCUUCCAAUGCCAGCACCACAGUCCAGGGCACAGGAAGUCCCCGUCUUGUUUGGGCCUUCCUAAAACACAGGGGCAAUGUAUGACCCACAAGGCACCACAACCACCCGGCCCUUCCCAUGAGUCCCAGAAAGCUGAGUCAGGCACCUCCACUGGCCUGUCACUGGAGGGUAAGAAAAACUCUUUCUAAGGUCACUUCAAGGUGACAGCUAGAAAAAAGCAGGUGCAUAAUCUCCUUUCCUUCCAGAACCCCCAGGAGCCCAUAGGGUGGUAGGGAUGGCCAUGGUGUGGAGGUGUGGAGAGGGUAAGGGCUUCUUGCGGGGCUCACCCCUGGGCUGUGUGGAGCUGAGAAGGGAGGAUCCAGAUAGAAGGCUGCAUGAAAAGGAGUCACAGGAGGACUGUCACCACCCACUGCCCCGCAGCACUCCUACGCCCAGCAGGGACUAUUCCCAGACUGCUAAGUCCCUAGUGCUUGGCCCUGAGACAAAACUCACACUCCACAAGUCCACUCAAUCACCACCCAGCUCUUCAGGGCCUCGGUGGCAGCCACCAACAAGAUGAGCAGAGAGCCUGCAGUGUGGUGUGUGGAAGUGGCUCCCCACACUGCCCCACCAGAGCCACAACCUCUCCUGGAGAGGACAUCAGACCUGCCUACCCUUAAAAACCUCUGCAGAAACUUCCGGGAGCUGUUGAGGUCGAUGUUGGAGAUGUGGCCAUACCCCCCGAGCAUGCCGUCCACCGUGGGCGGGAUCUGCUUCCAGUAGGUCUUGGCCUUCGAAUAAAACUGUUUCUCAUC